UUCGAUAAUUUAAUUCGAUAAUUCAAUCGCGCGUUAUCAAAUUGAGAAUUAACAAGAAUCUUCUGUGACAAUCAGUGGCUCGCGAAUGAAUUUGCCGUAUUCGCGACGAAAAGAAAUCAAGUCUGUGAGGAAAAAUGUGAGUGUCGUCGAUAUUACGAUCGACAUGCGUUGCGACUGACGAAUGUCGUCGAUUUGAGUGCCGUGAUCGAUCGAUCUCGCUCGCCCAGCUGAAUCUGGGAACUGUCGCAUCGUUGGUCAUUAUAGGGCUUCGCGGCCUUGCUUCGCCGGCGGGAAACUCGUAAUUGUGACUGCACGAAGAUGAGCGCUCCGCGGCGAGCUUGUCUCGCGGGCCGCGAACUCUCCUCGUAGCGGCUCGGCGUGCCCGCGGAUUUCUGCGGUGGAUUGGCACAGCGGGUUGCAGGACCUGGGCUUUUUUUAACUCGGCGCGCUUUCACCGGCCGCUUCAAAGAAAGGUGAAAAGAUGACGGGAAGUAGUAACAACGAGAUGGGCCAGGCAGUGACCUCGGGAGUUCGAGGCGAUGGCGGGAAGCAUACAGUUCACUGGUUCCGUAAGGGACUCCGACUGCACGACAAUCCCUCACUGAAGGAGGGUCUCGCGGGGGCGUCCACUUUCCGGUGUGUCUUUGUACUGGACCCCUGGUUCGCCGGAAGUACCAACGUUGGCAUCAAUAAAUGGAGGUUCCUACUGCAAUGUUUAGAGGACUUAGACUGUUCCCUGAGGAAACUAAAUUCUCGGCUAUUUGUGAUCCGGGGACAGCCGGCCGAUGCACUCCCCAAGCUCUUCAAAGAAUGGGGCACGACAAAUCUUACUUUCGAAGAGGAUCCGGAACCAUUCGGUCGUGUGCGAGAUCAUAAUAUUUCGGCCCUUUGUAAGGAGCUCGGUAUCUCGGUGGUUCAGAGAGUCUCGCACACUCUCUAUAGACUAGACGAGAUUAUAGAGAGAAACGGUGGGAAACCACCGUUGACCUAUCAUCAAUUUCAAAACGUCGUCGCCGGCAUGGACCCACCGGAACCGCCGGUACCGACGGUGACUGCCGCCUGCAUUGGCAGCGCCUACACACCCCUAAAGGACGACCAUGACGAUCAUUACGGAGUACCCACCCUCGAAGAACUUGGCUUCGAUACGGAAAGUCUGCUGCCACCGGUGUGGGUCGGUGGUGAAAGCGAGGCCCUGGCUAGGCUCGAACGUCACCUCGAGAGGAAGGCAUGGGUAGCGAGCUUCGGCAGACCGAAAAUGACACCUCAAUCCUUAUUACCGAGUCAGACUGGGCUCUCACCUUAUCUAAGAUUCGGUUGUCUCAGUACGCGGUUGUUUUAUUAUCAACUCACCGAUCUAUACAAAAAGAUAAAGAAAGCGGUGCCGCCGUUGUCGUUGCACGGACAACUUCUUUGGCGCGAAUUCUUUUACUGUGCAGCGACGAAGAAUCCGAAUUUCGACAAAAUGCAGGGCAAUCCGAUUUGCGUGCAGAUACCGUGGGACAAGAACGUGGAGGCACUCGCAAAGUGGGCGAACGGUCAGACGGGAUUUCCAUGGAUUGAUGCAAUCAUGACGCAGUUACGGGAAGAGGGUUGGAUACAUCAUCUGGCCAGACACGCGGUGGCUUGCUUCUUGACCAGGGGCGACCUUUGGAUCUCAUGGGAGGAAGGAAUGAAGGUGUUCGACGAGCUUCUCUUAGACGCCGAUUGGUCCGUCAAUGCCGGCAUGUGGAUGUGGUUAUCGUGUAGUUCGUUUUUCCAACAAUUUUUCCACUGCUACUGUCCCGUACGAUUCGGCAGGAAAGCGGAUCCGAACGGCGACUAUAUCAGACGUUAUCUGCCGGUGUUGAAGAACUUCCCGACCAGGUACAUUCACGAACCCUGGAACGCGCCGCUCAGUAUACAGCACGCUGCCAAGUGCAUCAUCGGCAAGGAAUAUUCGUUGCCGAUGGUGAACCACAGCAAGAGCUCGCGCAUCAACAUCGAGCGGAUGAAACAGGUGUACCAGCAGCUGAAUAAGUAUCGCGGUAACGGAACCUCAUUUAAAGGAGAGAACAUUGGCUUGCUGAACACAUUAUUGGGACCACCAGCGAAGGAUGGCGACGAGGAAAAGAUGAAGCAGGACUCGCCGAAUCGGGAGAACGAGCAGAAAAUGGAGACCAUCAGCAGUCCCACGCAGCAGCAACAACAGCAGCAGCAACAGUAGCGACAGUCGGUAUAGCGAUUUGACUAAUCUGUUAUAAUGAUGAUAUUAUCCUUUUUAUGGAUAUUUUAAAAGUGACUCGAAAAUUCCAUAUGAAUUCUACAUCUCUAAUUGUUUCAAUUAAUUCUUAAUCGACCGCGAGAAGACCCGUUAAUCAUGAUUGACACAAUCGGUGCCUUUUCUUACUUCAACUUUUUCUCAAUAUUAUCGGAAAUUGGCUGUCACAUUUCAUAAAUUCCAUAAAUCAUGUCUAAUAUAUAUUAAUAUUAUAUACAUCUAACAUUUUUAUAAUCUUCAUACUUUUCUUACAUUGGCGGAUCUAGAAAUGUGAAUAAAGGCCAUUGAC